AUGGCGGAUAUUAGGAAUUUUUUCGGUGCCAAAGCUGGCUCUAGGACAGCUGCUCCCCCUGCCAAACCAGCUCCUAAGGAGGAUCCUUCUGCCGCACGAAAGAAACGAAGCAGGAAAGUAGUCGAUGACAGUGAUGAGGACGAACCCCAAAGCAAGCCGUCCCCAAAAAGUAAACCAGUGAAGAAACAGACCAAAGAGGAGGCCAAAGGAGAACCGACCACCACAUCAGAUUAUUUCGCUUCUAGCAAGAAACGAGGCCGACCCCCGAAGAAUACAGAAGCAAAAGAUACCGCAGCAACAACCUCCGACUCCCCCGUCAAAAACGGAAACAGCACACCAAAGGCGAAACAAAAUAAAGAUACACCAGCGUCAACAGAAAAGAAAGGAAGGUCGAGCACAUCCAACCCUGUCACCAAAGUACUAGAUGAUGAUGAUAACCUCGGAGGCGACGAUAUCUUCGCAACAGAGUACGGCAAAUCCGGCCGGGACGACGAUGAUUAUGUAGAUGACAAGGACGGAAGCGAUUCUGACGAACUUACUGUGAAGCCCGCCACUUCUAGAAAGAGUAAACUCGGUGACGACGAUAUUGAAAUGCUUGACACGCAACCUAAAGCAAAACCUGGAAGAAAACGCAAAACAGACGCUGCUUUCGAACCAGAUGAGGCUGAUAAAAAGCCCAAGAAGAAAGCAGAGCCAGCUGUCAAGAAACAGAAAUCCGCACCGAAACUCUCAGAGCCCGAGAAUAAAGAGAUCCAAGAUAUCUUCGACACCAUUCCAACAGUUCGACCACCAACUCCUCCACCAACUGUUCCUGGUGAGAAGCCAAAGUUCAACUUUGCGGCUGCUGCCAGAUCCCGUACACCCCCUGCUGCUGGAUCAGCGGAGCUACCGGUUGGCGCAGAAAACUGUCUUGCCGGGUUAUCUUUUGUCUUUACAGGUGUUCUGGAUACGCUUGGACGUGAAGAAGGCCAAAGCCUCGUUAAGCGCUAUGGUGGAAAAGUCACUGGAGCUCCUAGUUCAAAGACUAGCUAUGUUGUUCUUGGAAGUGAUGCCGGUCCCAGUAAGCUCAGGAAGAUCAAGGAAAUGAACAUCAAGACCAUUGGUGAAGAAGGAUUAUUCGAAUUGAUCCGACGGCUUCCUGCCAACGGAGGAAGUGGCAAGGCUGCUGGGCAAGCACAAGCGAAGAAAGAGGCUGAAGAGAAGAAGAUUCGUGCCAUGGCCGAGGAAAUAGAACAAGAAGAGAAACAGAAAGCGGCUGAAACAAAGUCAAGGAGCACGCCUAAGAAGCCCUCAGUUGUGACCCCCGCUAGCUCACAUCCUGAUGUUGACGAUCGUCUUUGGACAACAAAAUAUGCGCCAACCUCGAUGAACAUGAUAUGCGGCAACAAAGGCCAGGUUGAGAAACUUCAGACAUGGUUGCGUAACUGGCGGUUGAGUGCUAAGCGAAACUUCAAAAUGCCCGGAAAAGAAGGUUCUGGUCUAUAUAGAGCAGUCAUGAUUUACGGUCCACCUGGUAUUGGAAAGACCACGGCAGCUCAUUUAGUUGCGAAACUUGAGGGAUACGAUGUGGUUGAGACCAACGCUAGCGAUACUCGUAGCAAGAAACUUGUGGAGGGAGGACUUCUCGGUGUCUUGGAUACCACAUCUCUCCAGGGCUACUUCUCUGGGGAAGGUAAAAAGGUCGAAAGCCAGAAGAAAAAUCUAGUCUUGAUUAUGGAUGAAGUGGAUGGUAUGUCUGCUGGCGAUAGGGGCGGUGUUGGUGCUCUUGCAGCGGCAGCUAAAAAGACGAAUAUUCCCUUGAUCCUCAUUUGCAAUGAACGCAGUCUACCCAAGAUGAAGCCAUUUGAUCAUGUCACCUAUGAACUUCAAUUUAGGCGGCCGACUGCGGAUAUGAUUAGAGCCCGGCUGAUGACAAUCUGCUUCCGCGAAGGCCUCAAGAUUCCUCCACCAGUCCUUGACAGCUUGAUUGCAGGGACCAAUGCAGAUAUCAGGCAACUUAUUAACAUGUUGUCUACGGUGAAGUUAGAUCAAAAGACUCUGGACUACGACCAAGGACAGCAGUUAUCAAAAGCAUGGGAAAAGCAUAUUAUUUUGAAGCCCUGGGAUAUUGCAUCCAAGAUUCUGAACGCGCAAACAUUCUCUCAGAGCUCCAAAUCUACAUUGAACGACAAGAUCGAACUAUACUUCAAUGACCAUGAGUUUAGCUAUCUUAUGCUCCAAGAGAAUUACUUGAAAACGCAGCCCGCGCUGGCUAGCAACUAUUCCGGCAAGGAGCGAAAACUGAAGCUUCUUGAAUUGGCCGAUAAUGCAGCGUCAAGCAUUAGCGACGGUGAUCUCGUGGACCGAAUGAUACAUGGCAGUCAACAACAAUGGAGUUUGAUGCCAACUCAUGCUGCCUUUAGCUUUGUCCGACCUGCUAGUUUUGUGUUUGGAAAUAUGAUGGAGCGGACAACCUUCACAAGUUGGUUAGGUAAUAACAGUAAAUACGGUAAACUCAAUCGUUUCACCAAAGAGAUUCAAGGUCAUAUGAGACUUCGAGCUUCAGGGGAUCGCGAUGAGAUAAGACAACAAUAUUUGCCUGCAUUGUGGAAUAGACUUGUCCGGCCAUUGAUGGACGACGGCAAGGAAGCCGUCGAAAAUGUCAUCGAUCUGAUGGAUAGCUACUUCAUUACCCGCGAGGACUGGGACGCUAUAGUGGAACUCGGCCUUGGUCCAAUGAACGACACGAAUGUCAAAAUCGAGACACAGACAAAGUCAGCCUUCACCAGGAUUUACAACCAGCGGUCUCACCCUCUUCCUUUCAUGAAAGCGACAAAUGUCCUCGCGCCGAAGAAAGGCCCCAAGAUCAAACCUGACAUUGAAGAUGCAAUCGAGGACUCUGACGAAGAUGAAGUUCUUGAUGACGCCAAGGAGGAGGAUGAAGAUGAAGAGCUGGAUCUGAAGAAAGACAAGUAUGUCAAGGUUCCCAAAGCCAAAAAGGGUACCGCCAAGGCCAAGAAAGCUAAGGCCAAGAACGAUGAUGACCUUGAUGACGAGGAAGAAGAGAAACCGAAGAAGGGCCGGAAGGGAAAGGCUAAAGCAAAAUAAGUUGACUUAUCAGGAAAGCAAGUUUUAUAACCUACGAGUAUUGUAUGUCGAUUCGAUAUUGACUUGCGGGGUUAGUGUACCAUAUCAUAGGACGAAUCUUUGUCAAUGGGCAUAAGCAUAGGAGUACAUUGUCAGCAUUCUAGCAG